AUGGUUUCGCUCUACGAUGUGGGCACCAGGUGCUGGUACCCAGACGACGAAGCCGGCUGGAUCGGGGUAGUGGUCAAGCUGAAACAGAAGGACGGCGCCAAGUGGCGCAUCACCUUAGCCCCUGAAGACGACCCGGAGGGCGCCGAUGUCGUCGUCGAGGCGGAUGAUCUCAGCGAAGACAACGGCCAGUUGCCCCCGUUGCGCAACCCGCCGAUCUUGGAGGCCGCCGAGGACUUGACCUCGUUGCUGUACUUGAACGAGCCGGCGGUGUUGCACGCGAUCAAGUUGAGAUACUCCCAGCUCGCCAUCUACACCUACUCCGGGAUCGUCCUUAUCGCCACCAACCCCUUCCAGCGGGUCGACCAAUUGUACACCCAGGACAUGAUCCAGACCUACGCCGGCCAGCGCCGCGGCGACCAGGACCCCCACUUGUUCGCCAUCGCCGAGGAGGCCUACCGCUGUAUGCGCACCGACGGCCAGAACCAGACGAUCGUCGUCUCCGGUGAGUCGGGGGCCGGCAAGACGGUGUCGGCUAAGUACAUCAUGCGUUAUUUCGCUACCGUCGAAGAAGAACCUCUGGAGGAUAUGGCCCCGGGGGCGGCUAAGCUGACCGACAUGAGUGACGUCGAAAAGCAGAUUCUCGCCACCAACCCGAUUAUGGAAGCCUUCGGUAACGCUAAGACCACCAGAAACGACAACUCGUCGCGGUUCGGGAAAUACCUCGAAAUCUUGUUCGACAAGGACGUCGCCAUUGUUGGUGCUCGCAUCCGCACCUACUUAUUGGAAAGAUCGCGGUUGGUGUUCCAACCGGAAACCGAACGAAAUUACCACAUCUUCUACCAGUUGUUGGCCGGGGCCACCCCGGAAAUGCGGGAAAAGUUCGGCCUCACCGAAGCCGCCGACUUCAAGUACACUAAUCAGGGCGGCGUACCCGUCAUCGAAGGCGUUGACGACGCCGCCGACUUCGCCGCUACUUGCGAGGCUCUCGGCAUGAUUGGCAUCAGCGAGGCGAUGCAGCAGCAGAUCUUCCAAUUGUUAGCUGGUUUGUUGUACAUUGGUAACAUCGACAUCGCCAAGACCAAGAACGACGCCCACUUGUCGCUGGAAGAACCGGCGUUGGUCAAGGCGUGUGAAUUGUUGGGUAUCGACCCCGUCAACUUUGCCAAGUGGACGGUGAAGAAGCAAAUCACCACCCGUUCGGAAAAGAUCAUUUCCAACUUGAACCACGCCUCGGCGAUCGUGGCCCGUGACUCGUUCGCUAAGUUCAUCUACUCGGCGUUGUUCGACUGGUUAGUGGACUAUGUCAACUCCGACUUGUGUCCUCCGGAAGUGGCGGAAAAGACGAAGCUGUUCAUCGGGGUGUUGGAUAUCUACGGGUUCGAACACUUUGAAAAGAACUCGUUCGAACAAUUUUGCAUCAACUACGCCAACGAAAAGUUGCAACAAGAAUUCAACCAGCACGUGUUCAAGUUGGAACAAGAAGAAUACGUCAAGGAAGAAAUCGAAUGGCUGUUCAUUGAUUUCGCCGACAACCAGCCCUGUAUCAACUUGAUUGAAAACCGGUUGGGGGUCUUGUCGUUGUUGGACGAAGAGUCGCGGUUGCCCCUGGGUGACGACCAGCUGUGGGUGCAAAAGAUGUACCAAACUUUGGACAAAGAGCCCACUAAUAAGGUGUUCAAGAAGCCCCGUUUCGGUCAAACCAAGUUUAUCGUGCUGCACUACGCCUUGGACGUUACUUACGACUCUGAAGGGUUCAUUGAAAAGAACCGUGACACAGUUGGCGAAGGUCACAUGGAAGUGAUGAAGCUGAGUACCAACGAAUUGUUGCAGCUGGUAUUGCAAGUCAUGGACAAGAACAACGAGGCCGCCGCUGAACUGAAGGAGUCCACUCCUAAGCCCGGUGUCCGGAGCUUGGCGGCCAAGAAGCCCACCUUAGGGCUGAUGUUCAAGAACUCGUUGAUUGAGUUGAUGAAGACGAUCAACCUGACGAACGUCCACUACAUCCGAUGCAUCAAGCCCAACGAACGUAAGAAGGCGUGGGAGUUCGACACCAUCAUGGUGUUGCUGCAGUUGCGGGCGUGUGGUGUGUUGGAAACUAUUCGUAUCUCGUGUGCAGGUUUCCCCACGCGUCGGCCGUACGUUGAUUUUGCCGACCGUUUUCACAUCUUAGUUCCUCUGGACUUGUGGAUCCCGGUGAUGCGCAAUGAUACCACUAAGGAACUGGUUUCCGAAUUAUGCUCGGAAAUCUUGACCCGGAAUAUUGACGACCCCACUAAAUUCCAAUUGGGUAACCUGAAGCUCUUCUUCAAGGCGGGUGUCUUGGCCUACUUGGAAGAUUUGAGACGCGACAAGCAGAUCAACGCUGCGGUGAUGAUCCAGAAGCACUUAAAGGGUCGCUUCUGGCGCAAGAAGUACUUGGAAAUCAAGGAAUCCCACCACAGCUUGCAAGCUUUGAUCAGAGGCUACUUGGCCCGGCGCCGUAUCCAGGAAGAACGCGAAAACGCCGCCGCCCUGCUUUUGCAAACCGGUAUCCGCGGGUACUUGGUCCGUCGUCGCAUUUCUCAACAAAUCGCUGCCACCGUGGCGAUUCAAAAGCUGAUCCGUGGCUACCAAGCUCGUCAAAACUACCAGCACAAGCUCAAGGAACGGUCGGCUGUGGCCAUCCAAUCGGCGUGGCGUGGGUACCUGGCCCGUCAAGCUCACCAGCGCAAGGUGGCGCUGACGGUGACCAUUCAAUCGUUCAUCCGCCGCAAGUUGGCUCAAGGCGAAUUGAAGGAAGUCAAGGCCAAGGCCAAGGAUGUGUCGCGCUUGCAAGAAUUCUCGUACAAGUUGGAAAACAAGGUCAUCGACUUGACGCAAAACUUGACGGCGAAGAUCCAAGAGAACAAGCAGAUGAUGGAGGAAAUCGCCCACCUCCAAGGGUUGAUCGAGCAACACAAGCUGGCUCAAGAAUUGCUCAAGCUGAGAGAACUCGAAUUCAACGCCAAGUACGACGAACGCGAUGCUCAACACUUGCAAGAAGUUGCCGACUUGAACCAGCAAUUGGACACCCUCAAGCAGGACUACGAAGCCUCCGAAAACAGAGUUAUCGAGCUUACUAAGGAACAACAAGAUUUGCGUAAGCAAGUUCUGGAGACUUUGGCCGAGUUGAACAAGGCUAGGGAGGAAAUCAUCUCCCGUGACACCGUCGAGGUUGACUUGAAGGCUAACAUCGCGCUGCUCAAGCAGGAGUUGGCGACUUUGCAACUGGCGAGCGGGCUGUCCUUGGGUGGCCAAGCUAAGCGCAUCAACGGCAACGGCGCUGCUGCCAACAAGCGUUACUCGUCGGCCAACGCCUGGUCGUCGCAAGCUGCUGCUGACACCCCUGUGCGUCCUGUGUCGGUUAUCGCCGUUCAAGAGGAUCAUGACGACCUCAACGACAUUGAUGACAUUAACGAAGAGUUGUUCAAGUUGUUGAGAGAUCUGCGUAACCUCAACAGCGAAAUCGUCAAUGGCUUGCUCAAGGGCCUCAAGAUCCCUGCCGCCGGCGUGGCUGCUGACCUCAAUCGUAAGGAAGUGUUGUUCCCUGCGCGGAUCAUCAUCAUCAUCCUCUCGGACAUGUGGCGUUUGGGCUUGACCAAGGAGCUGGAAGAGUUCCUCGGGGAGGUGUUGUCGCACAUCCAACAGAUUGUGUCUCUGCUUAAGGACGACGACGUCAUCCCCAACGGGGCGUUCUGGUUGUCGAACACCCACGAGUUGUACUCGUUCGUGUCGUACGCUCAACAAACCAUCAUUUCCAACGAUGGCAUGCAGAACGAAAUGCUGCAAGAAGAAUUUGAAGAAUACCUCAAGUUGGUGGCGGUGGUCAAGGAAGACUUUGAAUCGUUGCUGUACAACAUCUACAACAUGUGGAUGAAGAAGAUGGAGAAGGACCUCGAGAAGAAGGCGGUGCUGGCGGUUGUGUUGCUGCAACUGUUACCUGGGUUCAUGGCCCCGGAGAACUCGCCCUUUCUCGCCAAGGUGUUCAACCCCGGUGUGCAAUACAAGAUGGACGACAUCUUGUCCUUCUUCAACAACGUCUACUGGUCGGUGAAGCUGUACUUCAUUGAAAACGAUGUCAUGCAAGAAAUCAUUGUCGAGUUGCUCCGGUUUGUCGACGCUCUCUGUUUCAACGACUUGAUCAUGCGCCGUAACUUCUUGUCGUGGAAGCGCGGGUUGCAACUCAACUACAACGUCACCCGUUUGGAAGAAUGGUGCAAGGGUCACGAGAUCUCCGAAGGGCUGACCUACUUGAGCCACUUGUUGCAAGCGGCCAAGUUGCUUCAAUUGCGGAAGAAUACCCCUGAAGACAUCGAAAUCAUCUACGAAAUCUGCUACGCCCUCAAGCCGAUCCAGAUCCAGAAAUUGAUCUCGCAAUAUUAUGUCGCCGACUACGAAACCCCCAUCGCUCCCGAUGUGUUGAAGGCGGUGGCCGACAAGGUGAGAAACACCGACCUGACCAACAACGACGAAUUGUUUGAAGUGGUGCUGACUGACGGCCACUUCUCGGACCCGUUCCGUCAAACGCCGUUGCGCCCCUUCUCCAGAGUGGAGGCCUACGUCCCCGCCUGGUUGAACUUGCCGGUGAUCCGCCGCGUCGUCAGCUUGGUUGCCAAGAACGCCCACGCCUUGGAUGACGACUCGACCGUGGCCGCCUAA